GACGGCGUCCCCCCUGUCGGCGAACGGCCUGGGACUUCUACCAGUAGUUUACUGCGUAGCACCGCCAAACACGCAGAGUGCCGGAUCCCUGCAGCGUCCGGCCAUGUCAGGAACCAAUCCUGCCCAACAACAACACCCAUUGCCCACACGAAAGCUUGUCCCUCUACCACCGGAAGCACUCGCUCGAGCAUCAACCAAACAAGCCCAACCCGUCCAAGACUGGAUUGACAACCCGGAUAGCGUUCUUGUAUCCGUAUCCUACACUACCGUCUCAUUCCCAUUUGGUCCCGUCGCCUUGCCUUGCUGGCUGCCCGUUCCAUUCUUCUACUCCGCUGCCCCCUCAAGGGUCCUCCUUUCCUCGCCUCUAGGACUCUUCUUCUCCGAUUCUUGUCGUCUCCUCGUCGUCGUCGUCGUCGUCUUUCAUGCAGACUCAAAAGAAGGCCCCCCAGUGACCCGACUCGAUCCCUCAAAAUCCGGCCUGACCAGCUCUGCUUUUGUGCCAUUGAGUCUCAACGCCUUCGUCCUGACGUCCAUCCUGCCUAUGGCUACGCGCUCAAGUCGAUUAAAUCAUCCCCCGUGGCACGAUACCAUCACCUUUCUUGUACCGCCACACCCCGUACGAAUCCCAGCACGCCGGCAAUACGUCGCCCAAACCUGCCGCACUACCCUGCAGUUAGUUCCCCGAGUCCCUGAUACGCCGCGUCGCUCGCCUGUCCGGCCUUUCCACCGCCCGCCAGCAAAAGGACCCAAUUUCGCUCCAGAGCCGAACCCUGCAGUCCACUCCAGUCUGCCGUGUCCUUCAUCAAUAUCGACACUCCGACAGUCAUCGAGGGAGCUGUCCGGAUCCAUUGCUCGUCCCGGCUCCAUCUGAUCAUCUGCACGCCUACACUCUAGUGUGCUGCUAUAUUUUGCAUCAUUCGCCUCCAGUCUCGGAGCCACGCUUGCAUCACUCACUCCGCCCGCCUUGCUUGUUGCCCCAGACGGCAUAGCUGCACUCGCACCCUGACUGGGCUCGUUUCUACCCACCCUGGUCUCCGUCCAGCAACACACACACAC